GUUGAUGACUCGACUCGCAGAGAAGUCAGAGCCGAGACAGCGCGACGUCGACCGUGUCCGUGUCAGGCUUGGUCGAGCCGUCAAUCAUCAUACACAUUCAUUUAUCGUCCACGCACUGGCUCCUACAUUCGCCUGCUCAUGAGUCAUAUUACUACGUCCGGACUAAAUUAAAAGAAAAGAAACCUAGAACAAUUGUUAUUAGGCAAUGUCGAUGGCGAAGAAGUACGUGUGGCGAUGAUGUAUGAUGAGGAAUUCAUUGUGAUUAAUUAGACGACUUAAUCGCCUGGCCACUUAGCAAGACCAUGGGAUGGUUUGAAUAUCUGUGCGUCUGGAACCAGAAAAUCACCGCUGCUGUUUGCGACCACUGCCGCCAGAUAUGUCAAGAAUGCUCGUACAGACGAGUUGUAACAUAUGCUGCCCUCACGCUACUCUGCUUUGGGCUCUUCCUACUAUUUAAAAAGUACAUGUUAAAAAUAACUGGAUUUUUGUUGAUCGGAAAUGAAGCACAAGGAUAUAUGCUUUUUUUACUAUCGUUUGCGUUAGUCUCCUUCCCAUUGAUGUGGGGAUAUAUUUUUAUAAACGUAGCUGCUGGGUACAGGUAUGGAUUUCUGUUGGGGGGUGGGAUCACUGCAGUCUGUGUCAUGCAGGCGUCGCUUCUUGCAUUUAUUGUUUGUCGGAGGAUGUGCUCAACCUGGAUGCAUUCUAAGAUACAAGGGGACUAUAUGAAAGCGAUCAUGACAGUUGUUGAAGGACCAAAUGGGUUCAAAGUCAUUGCACUGACACGGAUGAGUCCACUUCCAUUUGGGAUUCAAAAUGGACUAUUUGCUGUCACCAAUGUACCUACAUUAACAUUUAUUAUAGCAUCUUCUAUAGGAUUAUUCCCCACGCAGCUCCUAAAUUCUUAUGUUGGAUCCACUCUACGUUCCUUAGAUGAUCUUACACAGCAAAAUAAUUCAUCCAUGGGUUACUGUAUAGUAUUUGUACAGGUCUUUGUUAGUAUAAUUCUUACAUUUUACAUCGUCCAACAAGCCAAAAUGCAGUUAAACAAGACAAUUGACGACAAUCAGCAUCUAUUACUCGAAGAAGGCAUAAAAACAGACUUUGAUAAAGAUGAUGAUGCCACCCCGUUGAUGAUUAUUGAAGAAGAGUCCGAGAUUGAUACAACAAAAAUUACCAAGGAGAACGGAGUUAUACCAAAUGGCCACACGCAUUGCAAUGGUAAUUCAUGAAAAUGCAUUUGGACAGUACACAUAAUGCCAGAUAGGGUGAACCAGUUACCAAAUGUUUGUAAGUUAAUAAUAGGUAAAAUUUUGAAUAAGCUAUGGAAUAUUUACUACCAAUGAAAUUUGAUUAUUAUUAAUUGAGGUAGGGUGUUUGUACACCAGUUUGUAUGUUAAAUGCUAUCUCACUGCAGGUUGACAGUCAUGUUAAGUUGUACCAAAGACAAGCCAAACCAGUCACUCGUUGCAAAUCGUGUUUCAGAUAUAAUGACCAAAACAUGCUGCAAUGUCAUUAUUUUUGAAAUCAAUUUUGCACUAAACUAACCUUUAUAUAUCUAUACAUCAUGCUAUGCUGUUAUUUUCUCCAUUUUCAAUGUUAAAACUACAAUUUUUAACAAUUCGGUGAUGGUUUAUUCUUGAUAAAUGCCCAAUAUAAACUUUGAAGGCUGAUUUUUUAAAUAUUGUUCUUUAAACAGCUGUAUGUUUAAAUGCUUGUAACUUCUUUAGAAAAUGUCGGAUUUAAGUGAUUUUUUAACCAUUUUAUAGCUCUCAUUUUACUGUUCAACACUGUAUUAAUAACUUAAAAUUUUUGUGACGAGUGACUGGUUUGGCUUGUCUAUGCCACAUAUAUGUACUUUUGCGUGAUGGCAUAUUCAUAGAGGCCGUACAUACAGUAAUAUCCACAAGAGAAUUGUUAUCAGGCACGGUAUUUAAUGUGCACAAAUAUAUUAAUGACUUAAUAAUGAUUUAUUUAUACAUAAAUUAAUCUUACCUCGUUUAAUAUUGUUAAGCCUUGUACACAAUAUGUGUGCACUUAAAUUAAGAAUUUUCAUGUGAUUGUUUUUAUAUAUAUCUUUGUAUUUUUCAGUUGUUUUGAAUGACUUAAUACCAAUGGUCUUUCUGUGCAAUUAUUCUAUUUUUAUUAUGCUAAGAAUGAAUGGGAUGGAAUGUAGUCCCCUAUAGACAGACCAUGCUGGCGUACUGCUGCCGAAAAGCGCCCCCAGGUGGGAAAAAGGCUUCAUGCUGGUAUGAUUAACGAGUAACUACAGUAUACACUCAUUGGCAGAUUACAUAGUCUUUUUUGUCUUCGUAUCCAUGAUUUGAAGGUGUUCCGUUGUCUAAUUGAUAUUUUCUGCCUGCUGUAUCUAUAAGUUAGUUAACACGUUGACUGCCAGACAUUUUUUUUAGUAUUUUUCCCAUGUGCCAAAAUAAGUAUUCAUGUAGAAAAAUAUUUUUUAAAAAUUUUUUCAAGUCAGAUAUCAUCAAAAUGGUACAGAAGUAUCGCAUGUUAACAGGCCAAAAAUUAUUUCUUGAGGCACAGUUUUUAGUCUCUGUCUUGGUACUCUGAUUACCACUGAUGAUACUACUUCUAUAGCUGAAUUUUUUUUUAUUGAAACACACCCACUGAAACUGUAUUAAAGCUUUAUAAACAAAUCUGUUUUUACUGAAUACCAAAUAUG